GGAUAUGGCACGCGAGGAACCUUUUAGAGCUGUUUAUAGCCAGGAAACAUUAGCGCAAGCCUAAUAAAACAGCCAUGAAUGCGCGCGCGCGCGCCAACCUGAACCACAUGAGUGCGCGCGGAGGAUCAGCGCUUAGUAUACAACACAGGAGGGUGAAUACUUCAGUGUAUCUUCAACGAGAGGUCUGUGCGGAUAAAGUCCACCUGCUACAAUCUUACGGAGCUUAACGAUGGACCUAUUUGCGCAGACUGCAUUUGGCUUGCGGUGAGGUUCACGAUCAAGCGAGCACUCAUGCGCUCGCGCAGCACACACUGCUGAGAUGAUGUGGGAAUGUAUGAGAGGUUACGCGGAGAAAGGGUCAAUGGUAACCUCGAGAUCGAAGAGCACACAUAAUCCAUAGAGCAGCCAAAUCGAUACUGUUGGAUACUGUUGACGUUUUCGAGCUCCAGAGCUGUGUGUGGAAACACUGGGAAUACCGUGGAGCACGAGGGACUGUUCCCCAAUGGAAUGCAGAGAAGACAGCGCAACUGCCGCAGUGACUGAAGUUGGUUUGUUGAUCCAUUCAAUAACGGAUGCUGCCAACAGUGUAUUUCACCAAAAGAGAUAACGAAAUGUACCAGAAGACAGCAGAUCUGUGAGCAAACUCUUAUUUAUUUCAACAUCCACGAAGUGUGUUCUCGUGCUGUAUGCACACACAAAAAGACGCACGCUCACAAUUCAUGUGACUUGUUUUGAUUUGUUGAGCAGCUUUCCAGGUGUCUUGAUCGAUAGUCGUCGUCUGCAGUCCUGAUCUGGUCCUGAUCCGCGCGGGAUGGUCGAGACGCUGAGCAUCGCCGUCAUCGGAGCGCCUGGAGUCGGGAAAACUUCUAUCAUCCGUCAAUUUAUUUACAAUGACUUCUCUGAGACUUACAAUCCAACCCAUGCGAGAUACGUGUACAGACCCUCGGCCAUUCUUAACGGUGUUAUGUACGACCUGAAGAUUUUGGAUGUCCCGCCAAUUUCCUCCUUUCCUUCAAGCCCUAGUCAGGAAUGGUUGGACGCGCGGUGUAGAGGAGUCCGCAGCGCUAACGCCUACAUUCUGGUCUAUGACAUCUGCUGCGUGGAGAGCUUUGAGUAUGUCAAGAUGAUCCGACAGCAAAUUGUGGAUAACAGAGUGGGCAGCAGUAGUGAGGUGCCCAUCCUGGUGGUUGGCAGUAAGCGGGACCUUCAGCGGCAGCGGUUCACCCAGCGCAGGGCCGUGUCUGUACUGGUGAAGAAGACCUGGAAGUGCGGUUAUGUCGAGUGCUCCGCCAAGUAUAACUGGCAUGUGCUUCUGCUCUUCAAAGAACUCCUGGGAAUAGCCGUGGCGCGAGGACUACGCCCAAACCACACCUCUAUCCGUCUCCAGGGGGCAUUGCAGAGGAACCGCUGUAAUGUCAUGUGACAGAUAUGUAGCCUUUUUUGAAUUUAUGCUUAUUUAGGACCAGUUUGUGUUUUCAGAUUUUCCGUGUUUUCUGAUUUAAACUGGUCCUAAGUCAGUAUACUUAAAGUCAACUUUGCUGAACCACGAGGAUGGAGCUUUGGUGACAAACUGUCAAUCGAAAUGGCUGGAAUACUACCACCUAGGGGCCUCUGUAACUGAUGCAUUCAUCUGAUGGAUUACCUUAGAUACUACUGAUUUCACUUUUCUCCAGCGUAC